UAUGUUCCACUGCUUCUUUUUAUUCAUUUUUCCAUCUAAUUUCAAAACACUUAGAAAUCACGCCAAAAGAUGAUUUAAUUUUAUAAAAGUAGGAAACAAAAAGGCAACCUCAUUAUUGUUUGCCGCUAAAUCUGGCCCUUAAUUUCUCGCUAUCUCACAAACACUAAAUUUGGCACAUGAUUACCAAAACACAACUUCCUCUCACUUUUACCCUUCCCCCUUCUUCUCUUCUCUGUUGUUAGAUUUCUCUGUUUAUUGCGCUGCGUUUUGUUGAGAAAUUCGAAAAGCAUUAAGGCUGCGCCAGUGCCGGUCUUUUGUUUGGAGUGAAGAGAAGAGAAGAGAAGAGAAGAGUGAGUAUUUUUGCUUUCUUUUAGAUGCGGAAAGGUGGAUUUGGUUUAAGGAAAGAAGCAAUGGGAGAUUUUGGUUAAUGAAUUCUAAGUAGGUUUAUUUUGGGAGUGUUCAAAGUUCAAAUUGGGUUGUUUAAUUGCACUGAAAGAGGAUGAGUUGUUUUCCCUGCUUAAAUCCUCGUUCUAAAGAUGUAAGGAUCGACAUUGACAAUGGAAGUCGAACUAAUUCUCGCCAUUCUGCUGAUUCCUCAGUUUCCGGCGCUACGAAAAGAAAAGCAAGUCUAGACGAGCAUAAGAAAGGAAGUGAUCAAGGAAAAGGCUCCAAAGGUAGUGGGGCACGUAGUUUCACAUUCCGAGAGUUGGCAACAGCAACCAGGAAUUUCAGAGAAACCAAUUUGCUUGGUGAAGGAGGAUUUGGAAGAGUUUUUAAAGGUCGAUUGGAAACGGGGGAGAUUGUUGCAGUGAAGCAACUUAAUCAUGACGGUCUUCAGGGCUAUCAGGAAUUCAUUGUUGAGGUUCUUAUGCUCAGCCUGUUACACCAUGUUAAUCUGGUCACCUUGAUUGGCUAUUGCACUGCUGGAGAUCAGAGGCUCUUGGUUUAUGAAUACAUGCCAAUGGGCAGUUUGGAAGAUCAUCUUUUUGAUCUAGAACCCGGACAAGAGCCUCUGAGUUGGAAUAACCGUAUAAAGAUAGCUGUUGGUGCUGCACGAGGAAUUGAAUAUCUACAUUGCAAGGCCAAUCCACCUGUCAUUUAUCGUGACUUGAAAUCUGCAAAUAUUUUGCUGGAUAAUGAUUUCAACCCUAAACUCUCAGAUUUUGGCUUGGCAAAAUUGGGACCUGUGGGUGACCAUACUCAUGUUUCAACCCGGGUGAUGGGAACAUAUGGAUAUUGUGCCCCAGAGUAUGCCAUGAGUGGCAAAUUAACUCUUAAAUCUGACAUAUAUUGUUUUGGUGUGGUGCUAUUGGAGUUGAUAACUGGACGGAAGGCAAUAGAUACUAGUAAGAAGCAUGGAGAGCAGAACUUGGUUUCAUGGUCCCGUCCGUACUUAAAAGAUCAGAAGAAGUUUAGCCUACUGGUUGAUCCUCUAAUUCGAGGAUGUUAUCCUCGCCGUUGCUUGAACUAUGCAAUUGCAAUUACAGCUAUGUGUCUCAAUGAAGAAGCCAACUUUCGCCCACUUAUUGGUGAUAUUGUGGUUGCACUUGAAUAUUUGGCUUCUCAGAGUCAGAAUUGGAGCCCUGAAUCACGUAAUGUUGAGGUCUGCAAUGCUUCACAGUCCUCACCGAUGCGAUCAGAGAAAGGGACCCCUCAUCAAUCAAAUUCCAAAAGGGGUUGAUGUUAUUCAAUAAGAGCUAUCAAGAAACUUCGAUAAAGUUGUUACCUCAUCAAGCAUGGAAGUAGGACUCAGUCAAACUCAACAUGCAUCGACAAGUGAGUACAUAAGUGGGUAUAUGUAUAUGUGUAUUUGGGUAAUUGAAGGACUGGCAUUUCUUUGGUGAAAAUAUGGUUAUUGCAUUGUGUGGGAAGCAACAUCGACGGUUGUCAGCUUUGUUUUGAACACUCAUUGAAUGGAAAAGUUUUCUCUGUA